ACCGCGGUCAGUUAACAACCUUCAAUAUAGAGCUAACAACAUGGGUAAAAUAAUUCUUUACGGCUUCGAUAUCAGUCCUCCAAGUCGGGCUGUCAAACUAACUUUGGCCGCCCUUCAGCUGCCCUACGAAUAUGUGAUUGUGAAUACCUUCAAGAAAGAACAAAACUCGCCGGAAUACCUGAAGAAGAAUCCACAACAUACUGUUCCAACGCUGGAAGAUGAUGGAAGAUACAUUUCCGACUCGCACGCCAUUUUAGCCUAUUUAGCAAAGAAAUAUGGCAAAGACAGCUCGCUUUAUCCCUCGGAUGUCUUUCAAAGUGCCAUCGUGGAUCAACGUCUCCACUACGAUUCCAGCACGCUCUUCACUAGCAUUUGGUUUGGCAUCACCAAACCUCUCGUCCUCGCUGGAAAAACCCAGAUUGAGAAGGCUAAAAUUGCUGAGCUUGUUGAGGCCUACGAUUUGUUGGAGACUUUUCUGGCCAGCAACAAUUAUAUAACCGGACCUGAUCUAACCAUAGCUGACUUUAGCAUUAUCACCACCAUCUCGGCUUUGAUGAUAUUGCUUGUGCCGGAUUCUAGCAAGUAUCCGAAACUCAACGCCUGGUUAAAGCGCAUUCAAGAGUUGCCUUACUACCAAGAAGCCACUGGGUCUGGGGCAGAUGAGUUGGAAACGGUGCUUAAAUCGACAAACUUUACUAUUGAAUCUUAAAUAAAUAUAAUUGAAUAAUCUAGAAUUAUAAUCACACA